AUGAAGUUCGGAAAGAAGAUCCAGACGACGCUCUACGAUGAGUGGAAGCCAUCAUAUCUCGACUACAAUGGCCUAAAGAAGCUUCUCAAGCAAAGGACGACAGGCAAUGAUUGGAACGCCGAAGACGAAGCCUUCUUCGAGCAGAGGCUUGAACAAGAGGUUGACAAAAUCUACACCUUUCAAGCCGAGAAGACGUCGCAAUUCGCGUCCCGUAUCCGUGAAGCCCAGAAAAAGACAAAACGAUUGAUGUCCGAGACUUACAUCUCCGAAGGCCCUACCUCAACCACAGCGCGCGAAGGCGACGACACAGAGGCGCAAGUCCGUUGCCACGACUAUGCUCAAGAUGCCGGCUCGGAUGACGAUUCCGACGACGACGUCGACGGGUCGAGCGAAGAUGGGGAGGACGACAGACAUUCGUUUAGUAGUCUGGAUUCGAUCGAGGAGCAGUGGCAUUUGUUGGAUGAGGAGGUUACGAUCCUUGUUGCGGAUGUGCAUGAUUUGGCUUUGUAUUCGAAGUUGAACAUCACUGGGUUCAUGAAGAUCUUGAAGAAACACGACAAACAAACCCCAACACCCCUCAAAGAACGCUUCAUUAACCAAUACCUCGAAAAACGUCCCUUCUACAAAUACAACUGGGACGCCCUCAUCGUCAAGCUCUCCGACUUAUACAACAUCGUCCGCACCCGUGGUCGUCCCGUUCUCGGAGACAGCAGUGCGGGCGGGAGCCAGAGCGCGUUUGUGAGGCAGACGACGAAGUACUGGGUGCAUCAGGAUAACUUGGUGCCGCUGAAGCUGGCGAUCUUGAGACAUCUGCCGGUGUUGGUGUUCAAUCCGGAUAAGGAGUUUGAAGAUAAGGAUGCAGCUAUCACCUCGAUCUACUUCGACAAUGAAGACCUCGAACUUUACCUUGGCCGUCUCGAGAAGACAGAAGGCGCAGAAGCGGUUCGUUUGAGGUGGUACGGUGAUAUGGACGUCACCACGAUCUUCGUCGAGCGCAAAACACAUCGCGAAGACUGGACGGGUGAAAAGUCCGUCAAAGCCCGUUUCCCGAUCAAAGAGCACAACGUGAACGCUUUCCUUCGCGGCGAAUAUACCAUGGAUGCCGAGUUCCAGGCAUUGGUAGAGAAGGGUAAAAAGACGCAGCAGCAGGUGGAUGAGAUGUUGCAGCUCGCGAAUGAGGUGCAGUAUAGUAUAUUGACGAAAGGCUUGGUCCCCGUGAUGCGCACAUUCUACAACCGAACCGCGUUCCAGCUUCCGGGCGACGCCCGAGUGCGGAUCUCGCUCGAUACCGAGCUGACGAUGGUCCGUGAGGAUAAUUGGGAUGGCGCGGAGAGGGCGGGUGAUAAUUGGAGGAGAAUGGAUAUUGGGAUCGAUUGGCCGUUCGAUCAGUUGCCGCAGGAGGAUAAGGAACUGUUCAAGUACGGUGUGUUGGAGGUGAAGCUGCAGACGCAAUUCGGACAGGAACCGCCAGAGUGGGUGACUGAGCUCGUCAACUCGCAUCUUGUCGAGGCCGUUCCGAAGUUCAGUAAAUUCAUUCAUGGAUGUGCCACUUUGAUGCCUCACCGCGUCGACCUCGUCCCGUUCUGGCUCCCACAAAUGGACGUCGACAUCCUAAAACCCAACACCGGCUUCCUCACCGUCGAACGUCCCUCCGGCCCCUCCACCUCCAACUCCGCCUCACACUCCAAAACCGCGUCCGAACGACACAUCUCCUCCGGCUCCGCGACGCCCGAAACGCCCGAUGACGAGCGUGCGCGGAUCCAGAGCAGGCGGUACGCCGAGCCGGUGUCGGAGGGCGAGGAGGACGAGGAUAUGGAUAUGGCGCCGGCGAGGGAUGAGGGGAAGAGGAUGGGGUUGAGUGUGGAGGAGGCGGCGGGGGCGAUUGCGUUUAGGGAGAGGAUGUUGAAGGAGAGGAUGAGCGCCGCUGCUGCUGCUGCUUCUUCUUCUCCUGGUAAUGGUCGUGAUGGUGUGGCCAGUGAUGCUAAUGGGGCGGGAGAGGGCCCGAGUGCGAUUCAUUCGGAGGAUGAGGGCGAGGAUGGGGAUGGGGAGGAAGAGGGAGAUGAGAGGACGCCGUUUUUGGCGGGGAAGAACAGGAGGGCUUCGAGGACGGGAUCGAAUCAGAAUGGGAAUGGGAACGGGACGGUGGAGAGGCCUGCGAUCAAGCUGGAUAUCAACCCCUUGGCGCCGUCGACGGAGGUGUAUGAUAAGGUGAAGACGGCGCUCGAGGAGAGGGAGCGGGAGCAGAACCGGAGUAGGAGUAGGAGCCAUACUCGUGAUGGAGAGCAACAACAUGAUGGCGAAGGUGAGGGUGAUGAUGGUGCGGAUUUGGAGGCGGCUGGGAGGUCGAGAGCGGCUGGAGAUGAUAGGAUUUUGGUUAAUGAUGUUGUGGCGCCGAAGGGGAAGAGGGUGGCGAUUCCGAUCAGGAUAGAGCCGAAGGUGUAUUUCGCGACGGAGAGGACGUUCUUGAAAUGGCUCAACUUCGCAGUCUACAUCGGCACCAUCGCCACGACCCUUCUCAAUUUCAUUCCCCCGGAGGACUACCACGGCCUCAUCUCCGCCACGCUCUUCACCAUCGCCGCACUCUUCGCCAUCCUCUACUCCGCCGGCAUAUUCUUGUACAGGGCGAUGAAGCUGAGGAAGAGACAUACGGAUGGGCUGUAUUAUGAUAAGUAUGGGCCGACGGCGCUGUGUGUCGUUUUGUUGGCGGCGUUGGUGACGAAUUUGGUGUUGAGGUUGGGGGAGGUGGUGGAUGGGGAGGAUUAG